GACGAUUGAUUUUCUGUGUGCCAAGUGGCCAAGCCAGCACAAAAACGAGAAUGCGUGCCAGAGUCACUCAGCAUAGGUUAGGUAGCAUAUUUUAUCGAUAUUGAUGUUAUUGACUGUAUUGCAUUAUUGCACAAAAAGUUACCAUAUUUUGGAAACCAGGACCACUGGAAUUAUAGUACGGCAGCAUAUCAUUAAAAGAGGCGAUGUCUAUGUACCCAUCGGAACCUAGCGUUUCAACUUCAAAUGGAAAAAUGGAAGACGUAGUGGGGAGUGCAUCAUCUGCCUUACUCGGUAAAAGCCGUCCAUCAAAAGCUCCCGAACUGAAUUUGGUGGAGCGGCGGAACUGGAUGAUACACAUUCAUUUCAUCAGAAAAGAGUUUGACACUUGCAAGGCGUUGCUAAAAGAACAGCUGCAAGAAACGAACGACAUGUGCGAAUAUGCUUGCUACAUCCAGGGUCUGAUCCUGCGCUCCGAGGGUAGCAUUCAGCACUCGUUCGAGAUGUUCCAGCGCUGCCGCGAGCUGAACCCGCAGAACGUGGAUAAUUUGCGACAGAUGGCCCGGUCUCUGUUCCUGCUGGGCCGGUUCGACAUGGCGGUGGCCGCCUACACACAGGCCGAAAAGGAAGCCAGCAGCACCCCCGACUGGGAGAUAUUCUACAGCAAAGGACUGUGCUACAAGCACCUAAAGCAGCUGGCCGCCGCCCGCGAGGCGCUGCGCCGCUCGCUGCAGCUGCACCAGCACGAGCGCACCUACGACCAGCUGGGGCAAGUGGCGCUGCUGCAGGGCGACCUGCAGGAGGCCAUCGCCACCUACCAGCAGGCCACCGAGCAGUUUCCCGAGUCGGCCGAGCUGCUCACCUCCCUGGGGCUUCUGUACAUGCGCGCCGGCCAGCACCAGCAGGCGUUCGAGCAGCUCGGAUCGGCGCUGGCCCACCAGGCCGACAGCACGGCAGCCAUCCUGGCCGCCGGCAGCAUGAUGCAGGGCCAUGGCGAGUUUGACGUGGCUCUGAGUAAGUACCGCGUGGCGGCCCGGGCGUCGGCAGAGUCGCCGCCGCUCUGGAACAACAUCGGCAUGUGCUUCUUCGGCAAAAAGAAGUACGUGGCCGCCAUCAGCUGUCUGAAGCGCGCCAACUACCUGUCUCCGUUCGACUGGAAGGUGCUCUACAACCUGAGCCUGGUCCACCUCACCAUGCAGCAGUACGCCUCGGCGUUCCAGUUCGCCUCGGCGGCGGUCAACCUGCGUCCCGACCACGGCCCCAUCUACCUGCUGCUGGCCGUAGCGCUGACGCACCUGGACGACCCCGAGAGCGCCGAGCAGGCGUACGGCGCCGCGCUGGCCGCCCAGCCGACCGAGCCGGCCGUGCCGCUCAACCUGGCCGUGCUGCUGCACGCGCUGGGCCGCCACGCCGAGAGCCGCAGCCAGCUGGCCGAGUACGAGCGGCGCGCGGCCGGCACGCAGCCGCCGCCGGAGCUGGCUGAGACGGCCGCCCGGCUGGCCGGCCUGCUCAGCGGCGCCUCCACCUCCGGCCUGCCGUCCAUCAGCGGCGCCGCGCAGCGGCCGCUCUGACGGGCGGGCGGCUCCGCCCUGCACGGGUCCGGCUCUGCUGGUCAGGGCUGACCGGACCUCGUCUCGUUACACCUAGUCACACUCGCACGGGGCAUUUCGCAAUGAGGCCGACCCUCGUCUUGUCAUAUCUAGUCACAGUCGUACUAGUCACUUCACUAUGAUCAUCACUGUUGAUUUUUAAAUGUCUUAAUGACCAUAUUCAUUCGCAUGCUGGCUUUCUUCAUUUUGAUGCACAUUCAAUCGUAUUUUCAUUUGCGAUUUAGAAAUGGUCUUUGCUCGUUUAGUACAGACGUGUAAUGGCCACACCACAUGUGAUCGUUGUUUUCGCUGUAAUCGCUAUAAUUGUUGUUUGUUUAAAUAAGGUCGAGUGAAAAACAUGCUGAAAAAAGAAAAACGAACCUAAUCUGGCAUUAUAGCAUUUGUCAUCAUGUUUAAUUUGGCAUGUGAGAAUCGGCUCAUUUUACAAACCCGGAGCGCAUACGCCAGGGGCUUUGCACCCGAUCUCUAACCCCGGUGGACCGGAAUGCGCCGGUUCUGAGCUGGUUCGGGGCGGAUGAGGAGAGAUCACUGUGGGAGAGCGGAGGGCUGCGUCAUCUGGGUGUCGCUACCUGCCUAGAGCAUGGAGAUAUGCGUCUGCUCAAUGCUUAUUCCAUUCCGUCCAAGGCCGUCGGCGGUAUGCCGUUUGAGGCGUCAUGUUUUGUUUGAUGAAUAAAUGCACCAACAAGUU